AUGGUUGAGUCUCAUGAGGGGCCAAGUGAUGCAAAUUCUGAGACCCAAAUCAUGAAAAGCAUGGAACUGAUAAAGUGGAAAUGUGAAUCCUUGUCACUUAUGGGGGAUAUCAGGCUUACCAGGGUUGAGCAAAGUCAAACAAAGAUUAAAAAUGUUCCAAUUGCUGUCACCCCUGAAGGAUUUUGGUGUUGCCCUACUCCUGUUGGGUUCCAGAAAAGCCUCAAGCCUCAAAACCCUCUGAAUAAACUCAAACCCUCUUCACCACCUCCAAAGACUAGUUCCCAUAAAAAGGAAGUCUCAGUGAGUGAGAGAAAAGCAGUGUCUACCCCAUCAAGGUUGGUGGUUUCUGAUGCUCAACAAUGUAAUGAUGAUUCAGAAAGACCUCCACCUAGCACUUCUGUGCCUUCCCAGAGAGCACAUAGACCCAAACUUGAGUCUAUGCCAAAAAAGGUGGCUAUUGAGUUUGGUGAACCCGGAACUUGUGACAUGAAGCUCCUUCUUCUUGGAAAGCAGGGAUUUUGUGUGAAGUUAAGUGUUCACAGGGAUGUUUUAACAGAGAAGAGUAGUUCUUUUGCUGACAAACUUUCUGAACAAUCUGGUUUGUCAUGUCUCCAAGUUGAUGACUGUGAGGAUGUUGAAAUAUAUGUUGAAACUGUCGGGCUUAUGUACUGCAAAGAAAUGAAACAGCGGCUAAUGAAGCAAAGUGUUUCUCGCAUUCUUAGAAUACUCAAGGUUGCAGAAUUCCUUGGUUUCAGCUCAUGUAUCCAAUCAUGUUUGGAGUACUUGGAAGCAGUCCCCUGGAACGGAGAGGAGGAAGAAGAGAAGGUGAUCUCAACAGUCCUACGACUCCAAGGAGAAGGAAUUGGGGUCAAUCCGGUGCUAAAACGAGUUUCUCCUGAUAUUUCCAAUGCCCCAAAAGAUACCCUCUCCCACAUAGUUGAACUUGUUCUGAAAAGCAACGAGGAAAGAGGUCGCCGAGAGAUGAAAUCCAUAGUUCUAAAACUCCUUAGGGAGAACAACAGUCUUCCAAGUUCUGCAGGUUCAGCUGACAUCUGUAAUGCCAUGAUUUAUAAGUCAUGCAGAAGCUGCUUGGAUUCAUUAUUGUGUCUGUUCAACCAAGCUGCAGAACCAGACUUCACAGACAUGCCUAGUGAUAACAAAGAACCUGUAGUAAAACAUAUAGCUCUUGAAGCUGAUAACUUGUCAUGGUUGCUUGAGAUUUUAGUUGACAAACAAGCUGCUGAAGAUUUUGCAGUGAUGUGGGGAAACCAGCAGGAAUUGGCAGCCGUACACGUAAAGCUUCCAAUUGUGUUUCGUUAUCAUGUCAGCUGCAUUUCUGGAAGACUAUAUAUCAGCAUAGGAAAAGGGGAGGUUUUGCCAUCGAAGAACACACGCCAGUUGUUGUUGCAGACAUGGCUGCAGCCUCUAAUCAAUGACUACAACUGGUUGCAGCACGGGUGCAGAACAUUUGAUAGGAAACUUGUGGAGGAAGGAAUUGGAAGGACAAUUCUCACCUUGCCUUUGGAGGAUCAACAGAGUAUUUUGCUUUCUUGGGUUGGAAGCUUCUUGAAAACUGGUGAUGGUUGUCCCAAUCUUCGGAGAGCUUUUGAGGUGUGGUGGCGGAGAACUUUCAUUAGACCCUAUGUGGAAGGGCAAGGUAAUGCCAUGGCAGAUAGUUGA